AUGGCCGCCUCUCGCCGCCUCGCGCGGAAGCUGCCGUCGCUGAUCUCCCGCCAUCAGCGCCUCAUCUCCCCGGAGACUGACGCACCUGAACUCACCGAAGCCCCCACCACCUCCGCAUCCAUCCCGCUCGACCCCUCAUUGCCCGUCCUUCCGCUCGCCGUCUCCCAUCUCUCGCCGCCUAACCCGCUCCCAGUGCUCCCCUCCGCUCACGCCUCCUCCCCCGCCUCUCUCUUUCGUCUCCUCCGCCGAGCGCGCCACCACCCGCGACUCGCUGCGCUCGACCUCCACAUCCUCCUGGCCGCGGCCGACGCAUCCUCCGCUUUCCGACCCGACCACGGCCUCACGUCCCUCCUUACCGCCCGCCUCGCGGCUUCCCGCCGCCUCCCUUCGCUCCAGCGCCUCCUGGAGCUCGUCCUCACCCGCCCCUGCCCCUGCGCCGACGACUCCAUCUUCGCAUGCCCCGAGCUCCUCCCCACCUUCCGAAAGGCUAUCGUCGCCUUCGCCGCCUCCGGCGACAUCCCCGCCGCAUCCCAAGCACUCGCCUCUCUCCGGCGCGUCGCUGAUUCCCCGCUCCCGCUCCCCGCCGAGUUCUACAACAUCAUCCUCCACGCUCUCUCCCGCCUCCGCCGCCACGACGAUGCCAUCCGCUUCUACGGCGAAAUGACCUCCGUCCACCGCGUCAACCCGGAUGCCUACACAUUCAACAUACUCAUCAACAGCUCCUGCCGGGCGGAAGGUGUAGACGCCGCCAUGCGAUGGUUUGGUGAGAUGCAGCGCCGGAGCUGUGCACCUACCGGCGUUAGUUUCAACACACUUAUGCGUGGGUUCAUCAGAGAAGGCAGGUAUAAGGAGGGAAUAAAGGUGGCACGUGAGAUGCUUGAGCUUGGGGUCGGGCUGUCCGUUGCGUCCAUGGAGAUUUUGAUUGGUGGAUUGUGCCGUGGUAGCGAGGCUCUAAAGGCAGCUGAGGUGUUUGCUGAGUUUUGGGGGGAUGGGGUGGUGCCAGAAGGGUUUGAUUGCUUUGAACUUGUUGACGCUCUGUGCCGUGGUGGGAAGGUGGACAGAGCAGUGGAAGCUGUGGACAUGGUAUUAGAGAGGAAUAUGAAAUGCUGUCUCAGUGUGCCUGCUGGCGUUACGGUUUUGGAGUGUCUGAUGAAGGAAGGGAAGCUGGAUGAGGUUUGCCGGUUGAUGUGGAUAAUGAUUGAUCAGGGGAUUGUUCCGGAUGCAAUUUCUUGUACCUGCAUCUUUGAGGCGCUUUGCGAAGCUGGGAGGACAGCUGAUGCCAACCAGCUAAGGGUGUUUGCUAAGGAGAAGGGUUUUGAGGCUGAUGGUGAAACUUAUCAUGUGCUGGUGCAGGGAUUUGGGAGGCAGGGGAAAAGAAAGGAAGGGAAGGCUGUGUUGGACGAAAUGCUUGAUUUAGGAUUUAUACCAAACAUUGCCUCUUAUAAUAGGCUUCUUGGUGGCUUGCAUAAGUGA